AUGUCUUCCGAGCACUAUGGAGUUCGGGUGUCAACAUCUUCGGGCUCGCGCUCGGCUUCCGGUGCCCUACUGGCAAGCCCUCCCAUCGAGCUAAAUAAUGAUCUCAGCCCUUGCGCCGCUACCGCAUCAUUGUUCCUAUUCUCACAAGGGCCGACCGUCAUCGCCUUACAUCAUGACAGCUUGGCCGUGGACCGGAGGUUUCAUCGCCAUCGGGAUGAUGUCCAGAUAAUAGCAGUUGAUAAUGUUAGUGAACGAGGGGCCGGCCGUUUGGUGGUUAGUUACGACAUUGGCCAUACUGCGAUAAUAUGGGAUCUCUUCACCGGUCAAGAAAUUACUCGGUUUGUCUCAUUUGAGCCGAUCAGGGUUGCUACUUGGUUACGGAAUGGCCAUGUUGCAUUUGGAAAUAUCAAGGGCGAAAUCAUAUUGUUUGAGCCAUCAACCUCGGAACACAUAUCUGCCCGCACGAUAUUUGACCCAAUCACAGCAUUGGCUCCAACGAUGGAUUGUAACACCUUUGCCAUAGGAUAUCUCAACGGCUCCAUUCUUAUUGCUACCCUUCUUCCAACGUUUACCAUUUUGCACACCCUCACAACCACCAGGGGCCCGUCACCGGUCAUCUCCCUUUCAUGGCAUGCUUCGUCAACUAAGCAGAAAACUGAUAUGCUGGCAUCCCAAACAAUAGAUGGUGAUCUAUUUGUCUGGAGCGUAGCCAAGCAGCCAUCCACAGAGUCACCCCGAGUUAUCAGAGCUUUAAAGAAGUCAGAAUCAAAUAUUACGAGCCCCAAGUGGUUAGCUUGGUCAAAGAAUGGCCGCAUUGUUCAGCACAACGACGGGGAGAGCCUAGCGUGGGAUGUCAGGACAAAAAAUGUCUCUUAUGAAACCAUACCGACCAUUCAAGGUGUCCAAGGCAUAGCAAACUAUGGGCCUACUGCUACGCUUUUCACAAUGGGCCCGAACCAUACUAUACAGCAAUAUGAUGUAGCAAAUGCUGUAAUGGUUGCAAAUACCCAGCACAUUCCACAGAAACCAGAUUUACCUGUUGAACAAGUCCCAGCCGCCGAGAGCUCCCUUACCGUCGAAACUCUAGCGAAACACACAGCAUCUGAACAAAAACACAAAAGCCGCCCGUCACAAGGGUCUUUGCCUGGUGUCGAGUCGAAACUUGAUUUGGUUCGUGCAGAGGCUUCAAAGAGCCCAGGGUCCGGAUAUAGCGUACCUAUUUCGAAUGGAUCUCGGCCCCGUAACCGGACGCCGUAUGCUCCUCGCCCUCCCGGGUCGAAUUAUAGCGGAUCAGCGACCACAUUCUCUCUUGGGUCUCCUCGGCCAUCCAUCGCAGAAACACUUCACUCCGGCUAUUCCGCACGGUAUGCAAUGUCAAUGAACUCCACGGAGUCUACCUUGUCCAAGCUGCGCACUGUUUCUAUCCCUGGAAUAUGGGACGACCCUGUCACCGACUUGUUCCCCUACAUACGUGCUCGGUUAAACAGUGUAUCAAUAAACCCAUCUCGUAGAUUUGAUGAUCCAAAUCUUGGGCCGGAUGAACUACGAAGGCAAAUGUUGACUGUGAUAUUUGGAUGGGAGGGAAACAUUGAAGACCUGAUACGGAGUGAAUUCAAACAACAUACAUAUGGUUCACAGCAUUCUGCAAUCCUAGCAAGAUGGCUACUUACCUCUGAGGCCGACAUAAUGGCACCCAUGGUUGAAGCAUCAACCUCCUCAUAUGUCAACUGGAUGAUUAUGGCCCUUAGUCUAUUGACGAAGAAGGAAGCCUCAAAAGAGCCUGGCCAGGCACUUGCUAAAAAGCUCCUGGCUUCGAACGACACCCACGCAGCAGCAGCAGUGUUGAUGGGUAUUGGAGAAGGGGAUCUUGCCGUUGAGCUAUAUGUGUCCAAAAACCAGUUCAUGGAAGCUGUGCUUUUAAGCUGUUUAUUGACACCAGCUGCAUGGUCUAGGCAAUCAUAUCUCAUCCGCAAAUGGGGAGAGCAUGCGGCUAUAAACUCGCAACAGCACCUGGCAUUGCGUUGUUUCUCCUGCACGGAAACGGCAAACCCCGUAUCUUGGAAAGGUCCUACUAGUCAUCCCUCUGGCUCCAACCCACCCUCAGAGAAGAACCAAGGUGCCCCACUGAACGGCCCGCCUUUGAAUAACUUAUCUCCAACGUCUCGUCUCAAGAACCAAUCGCUGAGGCUCAUAACGUCGUUUGGUUCAAAUAGCAACUCUACCUUCCAGUUCCCUGGUCUUGCCUCAGCCGAUAGAACCCCUACAAAUAUGCCCGGAGUCACUCCAAUUGAUGCUGGAUUGGGAGACCAGAUGUUCUCCCCCGGAGGUUUCAAUAGUGGCCUUCGGCCAGGCAGCCACCGAGGCCAAGGUGCCACUCCAGUCUCCCGAACUCAUCCGGCAAGCUUUGGAAGGGAACGUCUUCCGUCCAUCGGAGAAUCACCAAAUGAUCCUACCCCAACUGUAGCAGCUCCAAGGGGCCGUAUUCCAGUCGACCAGUCCUCUGAAUCUGACAAAGAAAUAAAGGUAAUUGACGUGCCGCUUGUACCGCCGCCGGCGUCAAAUCUAAACCCAACCACCACGGAAUCCCUUGAAUAUCUGACCCCGGCUAGAUACACCCCGCUAAAUGAAUCCAUGAAGGAGAAGGAAACACCCAUGACGGCUGUACCGCCGGACAGGACUAUGAGUUCUUCUUCGGGCCGGGAAAACAAGCUGGAGAAUUCAUUAGGACAGAAUCAACGGAGUAGCAAUGGCUCACAAUCCCGGAAACCUGAUGGAUUGCAGAUUCAGUGGCCUCCUGUUGACGAUCAAUCCUCUGAGGAUCAGCCAUCAGAGGAAUCGUAUUAUCAACAGCCGUCAUCAAAUCGCCGAAAUGGUGAGAGAGCAGAUGGUGUGAUGAGCCCAACUACUUCUACGAGAAGUGCAAGGUCAGGUGCAAGUGUGCCAUUAAGUGCGAAAAGCCUCGAUAAGUAUAUCAGCAGCCUUGAUGGGGCCAGCUAUCAUUCGCAAAGACAAAAACCACACAAGAAGUCCGGCUCAAGAGCAAGCUCAAAAGACCCUAAUGGACGCGGAAGAAGUAAGCAGAGAUAUAUCCAGCCAGCUAAGAAGUCACCAUCAUCACCUAUUCCAAUGUCACCAGAGGACAUUGCUCUCUACUCCUCUUCUUCUAGAGAUUAUAUCGGGGUUCAGCCGCCGUCGAGAAACGGAAGGAAGAGUAGUAGGAUGCGCAGCAACAGCCCUGGGGGUAGGAGCAGGGUAUCUGGACGAAGCACAAGCAGACGCCGGGAUUUCGAUUAUUCGUUACGGUCACCAACUUCGCCUGUCCCGAUGUCUCCCGCCGAAAGUAGUGGUGAUACUGACCGGAGGUUCAGGCUAUUGAAUGCUGAGCGGAAACAGCGUUAUAAAUCCAGAGAAAGAAGUGCAAACCGCCGUCACGAUCGGAGUAGGAGUGCCCCCCGUCACUCUUUAUCGGAACAGAGAAAUGGAACCGAAAAGGAUAGUGAUACUAGUGGAGAACUCACCAAUCGUUCUGAUCCAGUCCAUCCGACAUAUAACUCCAGUGACGACCAAUGCCAGCCACAGCUGUUCAGCCAUAACCAGAUUGACAAUCAACUGGAUGAAUAUGGCAGGAAACGAUCAGCUGCCGCGGAGCUUGAGGCUCGCCGCCAAUCUUUAGCUCGUCGGCCCUCUGCUCCUCCCAUCCCUCUUCCUGGAGAGGCAAGCCUAAACCAAAUUCUGUCUGGCCGUCCUUCCCCUUCACCCGGCCCACAAACCCACGGUAGGUCUAAUAGCUCUUUUAGCCAAAGGGCUAUGUCUAAAAGUACAGGACCUACCCCUUCUAGCCUCAAUGAGCGUGUUCCAUUCACCAUGCCAAUUGGACUCCCUGCUACUCCUAGAGCUAUGAGGCAUCCAAAGUACAGCACUGGGUACAACGAUUCUGAGGCGCCCGAAGUACCUGAAGUACCGCCUCCGGAUUCAUUCUAUAACUAUGAGAGAAGGCCGUCAUUCAAUAUCCCUCGUUCCAUGUCUGCUCCAAUUCCAGCGGAAGACGGUAUACCCACCCAUCCUCAUUUCCAGCGUCAGCUUCCUAGUAGUCGGAUAAACCGAACCCCAGGCCAUAAACGUGAGCCAUCAAACGAGGGUAUUACACUGGAGAAUUCCCGAGUAGAGAACUUACGAGCUGAGCAUUCGCGCAUCACUUCUGGUCCGCUGCCCCCUCUCCUUCCAGAGCUGCAGCAUUUGCAUGCCACCGCUACUCCUCCACCUCCACCACCCCCGCCAGCUCCUCCAUCACGCCAGCCACCACCCCCAGCUGCUCCUGUGCAAAAUGAUGGCCCAACUCAUGAUGAAGGACGAAACUCGCUCAUCUCUGGUGUUGGAACGAUAAACAUUGCGAUCGAUGAUUCGCACAGUCCCGGGCUUUUUGGGCCCCCUAACCCGAAUCCCAACUUCCGCGCAGCUUCAUUGCCGGCUCAUCAGCAAUCGCUACACCAACUAGAGGGAAAUAUGAGAGCAUCUGCUGACCCACAUAAACGAGGCAGGAGCGUGAACGACAAUGUGCAGUUCAAGUUCCGCAAUCUGACCGACCGCAUGAGAAGCUCGAGUCGGCCUCGAAAUGGACGCUCCCCUGCUUCGGACCGCCAGGAUGUAUGUUCUCCAUACGAGAGCCUAGCAACAAACGGACCGAUUGAGAACAGGAUCUAA